CUAGCCCACCAUGACGAGCCGUCUCAAGCGCAAGUUGAACGACAUGGGCAUAGACCCGGCAAGCGCCCGUGCCAACGAGUCUUUCUGUCUCAUCGGCACUCCCCUGCCUCCGCUCGAGAAGUCCAAGGACACGGGAGAGUUCGUUCCUCUAUGGAAACAAGAGGUUCGAGACGAGAAAGGUCGACGACGCCUGCACGGCGCGUUCACGGGAGGAUACUCGGCCGGCUACUUCAACACGGUGGGGUCGAAGGAAGGAUGGACCCCUCAAACAUUCGUAUCGUCGCGCUCAGAACGCGCCAAGAAGAAGCAAGCCCGGCCAGAGGAUUUCAUGGACGAAGAGGACCUUGCUGAACUCGCCGAAUCGCGCAAGCUCGUCGACGAGACAGAGGAAAUGGACAUCCUCGGCGGCACCCAGGCCGAAAUGAGCAAACGCACCGGCGACGUCGAGGACGACUCAAUGGCAGCGAAAUUGGCCUCGACCCUCCUCCCUGCCCCGAAGGACUCUGCCGGCGCGCGCAUCCUCAAGAAGAUGGGCUGGCGCCUCGGCCAGGGUAUCGGCCCGCGACUCACCCACCGCCAACGCAUGCUGCAAGACCUUCAGUUCUCCGCCGGCGCGGUCACCGAGAUCCCGCCCGACGCCGAGGACGACGAAGAAGCGAAGAAGCAUACGUACGCACCUCGGGACACACCGCUCCUGUUGACGACGAGGAAGGACAACACGCACGGCCUGGGUUAUAGCGCGGGGAUGGGGCUGAACGAGAGCCUCGGCGCGUCAGGCUCAAAGGGCCCUAUUGGCCCACGACUGUCAGGUAUGCCUCUUUCCCUUCCUCCUUCGGUCCACAAGCAAACCCCGUCAUCUGCAGCUGGCUUCGGUCUCGGCGCUCUGAACGAUGCAGACGAGGAUGAUCUCGACGUCUACGAUCCCUCCGGGUCGAACCGUUCCGCCACGCGCAUGGCCUACGACAUCGCCGACCACGACGACCCCGACCGAAUCGCUAUCGGUGGACGGUCCACCCGCGGACCCACGGCCGCGCCGCGACUUCAACAACCAGUGGGAUACCAGACCUUCCGCGACGGCCGGCCGGUCCUCAAAGGCUUCAUACUCUCAGACCAACCGGUCGCCGAGGACAAAUGGUUUCCGCUACCAGACGUCCCUGCAGGAUGGAAGCCCGAUCCGAAGCGCGUUUGGACGUCAAAGUGGGACAAGGAGAACAUGGACGAUCCGAAGAAGCGACUGGCCGAUGAAGGACCCAAGAGCCAUCACGACUGGAAGAGAGGCGUGUCCGCAGACGAGCGCGGCGCACUCUUGGGCGAGACACCUCUUCCUGCCGCACCGAAGUCCGUGUUCGACUUCAUCUCCAGCAAAGACCGCGACCGGCUCAAGACCAUCGCCUCCACUGCGCACCAACCGUCCGCCCCCGUUCCGCCGCCCGCAAAGCCCGCAAACAUCCAAAUACCGCACGUCGAGCCCUCCACCGCGCAACUCGCCCUCCGCGGCUUCCAGCCCUACACGUCCGACCCCGUCCGCCAAGCGCGCUACACCGCCUUCCUCCAAUCACACGCCAACUCGCAAGAACUGACCAUCGAACCCCUACCCGGCAAAUCGGCCGAGGAGUUCAACAAGGAGCUCGCGGACUACGCGAAGUCGGCGAUGGUGUUCCGCCCGCUGGGCGGGGCGAUGGCCGGGCGCUUCACGAGCGCGCGCGCGCAGGACUUGGGCCCGAAGAUCCAAGAGGGGCUGUUCACGCCCAAGUUCGCCUCGGGCGGGUUCGAGGGAGGAGCAGGCGAGCAGCAGCUGAGCGCGGAGGAGCAAAAGCAGAAGGAGGAGGAGGAGCGGAAACGCAAGGAGGAGGAGGAGCGCGAGCAGAACCCGCGCGCGUACGCGGCGCGGAUGGGGAUGUACGGCCCGCUCACGCGCGAGGUGCGUCCGUGGCAGCCGUCCCGGUUGCUCUGCAAGCGGUUCGGUGUGAAGGAUCCGAAUCCGGAGCCGGUGGCGCCGGAGCCCGUGCCUGGCGCGCCGCCUGGGACGUCGGCGGGCCCGGGCUCAGGCUGGGACGCGGAGGCAGCGCUUGCGGAGGCGGGCAAGUCGGCAGAGGAGGUGUCGGCCAUCAUGGCGGGCGCGCCGGCGAAGGGCAAGGGAGGGAAGCGGGACCUGGCGAACGUCGGGUUGGGAGAGGAUGAGGAACAGGGCAGGGACACGCUGACGUACGAGCGGCCGAGCAUGGACAUUUUCAAAGCGAUUUUUGCCAGCGAUGAGGAGGACAGCGACGAGGAGGAUAAGGCGGAAGAGGAACCGGAUCAACCAAGCGUAGUUGCAGUUAAGGAUGCGCCGGCAACGCAACAGGGGUUUCAGGCAACGCCGGCACACCCUACGGUCUCAGGUCCGACGAAAGCACUGUACGAGCCAAAGUCAAACGGACUCGCCCCCGACAGUGCGCUCCCGGAGAAGGUCGAUCUGGCGACCUUCAAGCCGACGUUCGUCCCACGGUCUGAACGCGAGACGAAGAAAUCGAAGGACAGGGACCGGAAGGAUAAAAGGGAUAAGAAGGGCAAGGGCAAGGUGCUCGUGUCGUUUGCGGACGACGAGGGUGAAGACGGGGGCCUUGUGUCUUCUGCGGCGCCGAAGAAAGAGAAGAAGAAGAAAGAUAAGGAGAAAGGCCGGGAUAAGAUCAAAGAGAAGGACAGGGACAAGGAAGACGGGAGAGAGACGAAGAAGCGAAGGCAUAAAGAAGAAGAAGACGACGACGAGAGUAUGUGGGUCGAAAAGCCGCCGCCGGAAGUUGUCAAAGCAUUAGAGGCUGGCAGUACGCACGUUUCAAAACCAGACGUGGAGGAUGGCACCGCUUCGCGGGGAAGAAAGCGGGCAGCAGAUUUCAUGUAGCUGGCCUUACACGGACUCGCUGUGCACCACAUCCUAUUCGACCGGUUGCCAUCCUCUUUGUUCAUACAUGCGCGCCGAGCAGCGCAGAAUCCAACUUCUCCACCGCGGAUUCCCAAUCCUCUUUCGCGUCCUCCUCUGAAACCCACGCGUGAGCCUGCUGCAUCAUUUUCUCCAGUUCCUUCAAGUCAACAUCCGUUCCUUCCCGUCCGGGCACGAUGAAGCUUUGCAAACGCGAGGCGAGGCGCGACAGUUCAGCGGCUUGUUGAGCACGAGGGCGGCGGACGUCGGAAUAAACCUGGAUGGCGAGACCAACAUUUGAUGUGUUGAUUCGGGGAUCGCGCAAAAGAGUCGAGAGAAUAUAUACAUCCUAUUCGGGAGUCAAAGACACGCUUGAUUGACACCAUGAUAUGACCGACCUCUAUCACCUGGCCGGCGCCGGCUCCUUGAUGUGGCAUGAGCGCAUGCGCCUGGCUUAGAUAUCAACGAUGAGCUAUGAAGAUACUUCGUAUGCAGACAUACUGCGUCUCCCAGGAGAGCGACUCGCCCAGAUGCGAACGUGGGCAAGGGUUUCACGACGUUGACCGCCCAUUUAUUCAUGGGAAGUCCGGGCAAACAAGCCAGUGCUUGUUGUACGAGAGGUUCCCAGCCUUGGCCGUGGUGGUAAGCAGCGAUAAACUCCUCGGGAUCCACAUCCGAGAUCGAUGGCCCCGAGUAGAUAGUGCCUUCAGCCUCAUGGUUGAUAACGUAGCCUGAAAAAUUGAACGCCUUUCCCUUCUGUAUAGGGAACAACAGGAUGUUCCCGUUCCUGCCAAUAUAGUGGAUCAUCGGCAGUUUGCCCAGCGCCGGGUGAUCUGGGGCGAGUUCCUCCAGCCUCUCUCGUGGGAUAACGGCUCUAUACACGAGGUGUCCGCUCCAGUAGACACCUUUGCAAGAACGAAACUCCUCGGCUUCUUUGAAGCGCUGCUCGCAUUCUGCAUCCUUUGCCAGCUCCUCCAUCAUAGUUAGUCUCACUGACGACCGCAAGCCGUCCGAACCGACAAGGACAUCGCACUCGGCCUCCGUUCCAUCUUUGAAAGCGAGCUUGAUCGGCCGCUCAGAAGAAGAGGACUGCAGGUAAGAGACUAGUCGCUUCGAGACGUGCAGAGUGCAAUUGUGACGAGAGUCAAGAGCGUGCAUGAGCAUGAUGUGAAACUCUCCACGAUGCACGGUCGUGCAGCCGCCUUGAUCAUACGGGGCGAGAAUUGGUAGGCCACAGGCUGGUCGGACUUGCGUACUAUACCAGUAGGCACUGUAUCUUCGUGAUACGCACAGCUUAUAGCGGCUACCUGGUCAUCUAGACCCAU